CAAGGUCUUCGCGCGAAGGCCACGCUAUAAAAUACGCGGCCCAGUCCGCCGCGAACGACACAGAACUUGCAGCCUUCGCAGUCGGCGCACAAACUUAGGGUUUCUGGUUUUCAAUUAGGGAAUCAGGGUUUGGCUUUUCAGUUUCAGGAUUAGUGUUUUCGUUUUCAAUUGCUCCUUUAUCAUUGCAACGCCCAUUUCUAGGGUUUUUCUCAUCUCUUUUGAGAUCGGCUCUGCGUUUUCAAUUGCUCCUUUAUCAUUUUAACGCCUAUUUCUAGGGCUUUUCUAAUCUCUUUUGAGAUCGGCUCCGAAGGGUAAGUUUGGGUUUGGAACUGAACCGUAUGUUUGAGACAAGGAGAUACGUACUGUUGGGUUAAUGUGCUUAGACCCAGUGUCCCUGCAUAUUGAUGAAGUUUAUUGAUUCUGGGAACUAUUCACUGAAGGAAGCUUGACUUGAAGAAAGGUUCUUGUUUGGCACUAAAAAUUACAAUUUGGAGUAGACAUCAUUGCUUAUUUGCCCCUGACUGUGGUUUACAAAGUCUGGCUUCCAUAAAGUUGGGUUUUAUUUAGAAGGAAUCUAAUUUUUUUGUGAAUUGGAAUUGAGAUGGUGAGUAGAGCAUUUUGCUUGAGAUUUAUGGAGAAGGAAAUGGAACCUGAUGGAAAAGAUCUUAAGGAGCCACUGCUACAGUAUUCACAGAGUACUGUGGUCCCUCUCAAUCAGCCACCUAUAAAUAAAAAUGAUGAUACAAGAACACUUGUUUUCAGAGUCAGAGGCAUUGAAUGUGCUUCUUGUGCCGUAUCCAUUGAAUCGGCAGCUAAAAUAUUAAGAGGGGUUCACAAUGUCUCAGUGUCACUCCUUCAAGGCAAGGUUCUCAUCAAUUAUGCCCCAAAGUUUGUGAAUGUGAAUGCAAUUCGAGAGGCCAUAGAAGAAUCAGGUUUUGAAUUAGAAGAGUUUGCUGAACAAGAUGCAGCAGUUUGUCGAAUUCAAAUCAAGGGAAUGACAUGUACUAGUUGCGCUGAAUCCAUUGAGCGAGCCCUUCACAAGGUUGAUGGAGUGAAGAAAGCAGUGGUCAGUUUUGCUCUUGAAGAAGCAAAGGUUCACUUCGAUCCUUACACCAUUGAUUCUGACCAUAUUGCUCAAGCUAUUGAAGAUGCUGGCUUUGAAGCUGAUCUUAUCAUCUCAGGCGAUGAAACGAAUAAAGUUCAUCUCAGACUUGAGGGCCUCACAUCACCCCAGGAAGCCACCCUCAUUCAAAGCGCGCUUGAAUAUGUGAUUGGUGUAAAUCAGGUAGAGAUGGAUCCAUCAGGAAACAAAGUGGCCGUAAUAUAUGAUCCAGAUCUUACUGGUCCAAGAUCCUUGAUACAAUGUGUUCAGGAAGCUGGUCAUGGCCCUUACUUCUAUAAAGCAAGUCUAUACACACCCCCUAGGCGAAGAGAAAUUGAGCGGCAAAAUGAAAUUCGCAUCUAUAAGAACCAGUUCCUCUGGAGCUCUGUGUUUUCAGUCCCUGUAUUUCUUUUCUCCAUGGUCUUCCCAAUGCUUCCUCCAUUUGAGGAAUGGUUGGGCACUAAACUCUACAACAUGCUUACCAUUGGGAUGGUUUUGAGAUGGUUCCUUUGCACUCCAGUGCAGUUCAUCAUCGGGCGAAGGUUUUACACUGGAGCUUAUCAUGCGCUCAAACGUGGAUCAGCCAACAUGGAUGUACUGGUUGCUUUGGGUACCAAUGCUGCUUACUUCUACUCGGUUUAUACUAUUAUAAAAGCGUUGACCUCAGUUUCAUUCCAAGGGCAGGAUUUCUUUGAAACCAGUGUUAUGUUGAUAUCUUUUAUUCUCUUGGGGAAGUAUUUGGAGGUGGUAGCAAAGGGGAAGACUUCUGAUGCAUUGGCAAAGCUUACGGAUCUUGCUCCGGAUACAGCAUUUUUGCUGAACUUGGAUGCUGAUGGGAAUGUGGUUUCUGAGAUGGAGAUCUGUACACAGUUGUUACAAAGGAAUGACGUAAUUAAAAUUGUCCCAGGAGCCAAAGUUCCAGUUGAUGGGGUCGUUAUAAGGGGUCAGAGCCACGUGAAUGAGAGCAUGAUAACAGGGGAGGCCAGACCAAUUGCCAAAAGACCAGGGGAUAAGGUUAUUGGUGGAACCAUAAAUGAGAAUGGAUAUUUAGUGGUGAAGGCCACUCAUGUUGGUUCUGAGACUGCAUUGUCUCAAAUUGUACAGCUUGUGGAAGCAGCUCAGAUGGCCAAGGCUCCUGUUCAGAAACUCGCUGAUCAGGUUUCAAAAUUCUUCGUCCCUUUGGUUGUAGUUGCAGCAUUUCUUACAUGGCUUGUUUGGUUCAUCUGUGGGGAGUUUCAUAUUUACCCAAAACAAUGGAUUCCAAAGGCCAUGGAUGGGUUUGAAUUGGCACUCCAGUUUGGGAUUUCAGUGCUGGUAGUUGCUUGCCCGUGUGCCCUUGGACUUGCGACCCCAACAGCAGUCAUGGUUGCGACAGGAAAGGGAGCGUCUCAAGGUGUUCUUAUCAAGGGUGGAAAUGCACUUGAGAAUGCACACAAGGUGAAAACUGUUGUUUUCGAUAAGACUGGGACUUUGACUGUGGGAAAACCGGUGGUGGUUAGUACAAAGCUCUUCUACAAUGUAGCAAUCCUGGAAUUCUGUGAGAUGGUUGCUGCUGUCGAGUCUAACAGCGAGCACCCUUUGGCAAAGGCUGUGGUGGAGCAUGCUAAAAGGCUUCGACAACAAUAUGGAACCGAUGCAAGCUUCAUGCCUGAAGUGACUGACUUUGAGACCCAUCCUGGAGCUGGGAUUAGGGGUGUGAUUGGUGGCAAAGAGGUUUUAGCUGGGAACAAGAAACUCAUGGCCACCUAUGGUGUCAUACUUAGCCAUGAGGUUGAGGAUUACUUGGCUGAAACCGAGCAAUUGGCUCGAACAAUUAUUCUUGUGGCUCUUGAAGGAAAGGUGGCUGGAUGCUUUGCUGUGAUGGACCCAGUGAAGCCUGAAGCUGCGCAGGUGGUGUCGUUCCUAAAGUCAAUGGGGAUUUCAAGCAUCAUGGUCACAGGAGACAAUUUCUCGACUGCGACUGCCAUAGCAAAGGAGGUUGGAAUUCCUAAGGUCUUUGCGGAGACGGAUCCUGUGGGCAAAGCUGAGAAAGUUAAGGAGCUACAGAUGAAAGGGAUCACAGUGGCAAUGGUGGGGGAUGGCAUAAACGAUUCGCCAGCGCUAGCAGCAGCCGACGUGGGGAUGGCAAUUGGUGCCGGCACCGACGUGGCAAUUGACGCAGCCGAUGUCGUCCUCAUGAAGAGCAGCCUAGAGGAUGUCAUAACAGCCAUUGAUCUCUCGAGGCGCACUCUCUCUAGAAUUCGACAAAAUUAUGUAUGGGCCCUCGGCUACAAUGUUCUUGGUAUGCCCAUUGCAGCAGGGAUAUUGUUCCCUUUCACAGGGAUCCGGCUUCCCCCAUGGCUUGCUGGUGCAUGCAUGGCUGCCUCAUCUCUAAGUGUUGUGUGCUCCUCUCUUUUGCUACAAUCAUAUAAGAAGCCCCUCAACUUCCAUGAAGACCAUGACCUCUCACGCUAUUCUAGCUCAGUUUGAGCGGGGUGGGUUUCAUAUGUACAUUAAUGUUGGUACUUGCUUCAAAUUGCUGUUGUAGAACUAGUUUGCUCAUUGUUUGAAGCAGAAAGCAAGCUUCAUUUCCAUUUGUUUGAUGAAGAAAGCAAGCUUCUUUUCCAUUUCCAUA